ACCUUUGUGUCAGCAGGCUCCUGCACCGCGCUCGCCAGCAUUGGUAACACUGACCACUGGCUGUCACUGGUCCCGGAUGUAAGGACAGGACCUGGAGUCGCGCUCGCGCUGGAGUCCUUGGUGGAGACCAGCCUCCAGACCUUGUUGUCCCCCCGUCGCUCAGCCAAGCCGUGGCCUGGCGAGAAGGGGCCGCCGAAGCCGGAGGACACCCUCGGGAGGACUGCGGUCGGCCCUGCACCCCGGGACCCGUUUCCGAGGCCCAAGGCCACCCGGCUGCUGCGCCGCGGGCGUCCGGACUUCGCCCCUCCCGCUGCGUCUCCUGGUUGCCCGAGGAGACGCGCCGCCGGCCCGGGCGCAGCAGCCUUGCCUCGGCGGUCGGGGUCCCAGCGCCCCGCGGGGCUUCGGCCGUCAUGAGCCGCGGCGGCGCCCCCGGACCCGGGCGUCUGGAUGCGACCGGCGACGCCGCCGUGGGCGCCGCUUCGCCCGCGCUCGAGGAAAUUUACGAUCAUCUUUUGGAAGCUCCGGUCAGUCGGGAGCAAUUAAACCACUAUCGGAAUGUGGCUGAAAAUGCCCGAAGUGAACUUGCAGCAACUUUGGUCAAAUUUGAAUGUGCUCAGUCUGAGCUUCGAGACCUCCAAUCCAAAAUGCUUUCUAAAGAAGUUUUCUGUCAAGAAUUGAAAGCUGAGAUGGAGAACUACAAAGAGAACAAUGCCAGAAAAUCAUCUCUCCUCACCUCUUUGAGAGACAGAGUUCAGGAGCUGGAAGAGGAAUCAGCAACGCUUUCCUCUUCUAAAAUUAGAGCAGAAAUCACAGCUCACACUGCAAUCAAGGAGAACCAGGAUUUAAAGAAGAAAGUUGUAGCACUCAACGAGAAAUUACAAAAGUGUUUAAAGGAAAACGAGGAGACUAAGAAUCAAGUCUCAAAGAAUUGCAGGGAACAUGAGGAAUUUCUAGCUCAACUUCAUGACUGCUUAGAUCCAGACAAGAAGAAUGAAAAGGCAUCAGAUGAAGAUUUAAUUCUAAAGCUUAGAGAGCUGUGCAAGGAAAAUGCCUUUGUGAAAGGACAAAUUGUUACUUUGGAAGAGACUAUAAAUGUCCAUGAGAUGGAGGCAAAAGCUAGCAGAGAAACAAUCAUGAGGCUGGUUUCAGAAGUAAACAGAGAGCAGAAAAGAGCUGCCUCGUGCGCUGAAGAGAGAGACAAGCUGAACCAGGACUUGCUCAGUGCCGUAGAGGUGAGAGAAGCUCUUGAAAGGGAAGUGAAGAUCUUCCGAGAAAGGCUGUUUGCUGGCCAGCAGGUCUGGGAUGCCUCCAAGCAGGAGCUGAGCCUCUUGAAGAAAAGCUCUUGCGAGUUAGAGAAGAGUUUGAAGACCAGUCUGGAUGCAGCUGCAGCCUCGCAGAGCCAGUUCUCCUCAUUUAGGGAGAAAAUUGCAGCCCUCCUUAGAGGCAGCUUGGGCAUGAUUGGGUCGUUGGAGGACACCAUUUUGGAGAAGAUUCAAGAAAUGGUCAGUCAGGAAGAAAGCCAGAAACGGUAUCUUAAGUUUCUGGAUCAGCUCUCAGAGAAAAUGAAAUUGGACCAGAUGGCUGCUGAACUUGGCUUCGACAUGCGUCUGGAUGUAGUUUUAGCUCGCACGGAACAGCUGGUCCGCCUCGAGAGCAGUGCAGUCAUUGAAAACAAGACUAUUGCCCACAAUUUACAGAGAAAGCUAAAGACCCAGAAGGAAAGACUGGAGAGCAAGGAACUGCAUAUGAACCUCCUGCGGAGGAAGAUAGCCCAGCUGGAGGAGGAGAAGCAGGUGCGGACAGCCUUGGCUGUGGAGAGGGACGAGGCCAAUCUCACCGGACGGAAGUUACAGAAGAAGGUAGAGAGGCUGCAGAAGGAGCUGAGCGUGUGUCGAGAAUCGAACACUGAGCUCAAAGCCAAACUGGCUGACACCAGUGAGCUUAAGAUUAAAACUUUGGAACAGACCAAAGCCAUUGAAGACCUAAAUAAAUCCAGAGACAAACUGGAGAAGAUGAAGGAGAAAGCUGAACAAAAGCUAAUAUCUGUCAAGUCAGAGCUGGACGCGACAGAGCAUGAGGCUAAGGAGGAUAAAGAGAGGGCCAGGAACGUGAUAGAAGUGGUAACCAGAGAAGUGAAGACACUGAAGAAAUCUCUGGAAGAAGCAGAAAAGAGAGAAAAGCAGCUGGUGGACUUCAGGGAGGUGGUUUCCAAGAUGCUGGGCUUAAACAUGAGUAGUCUUGCUCUUCCUGACUAUGAAAUCAUCAAAUGUCUUGAAAGACUGAUUCAUUCACAUCAACAUCACUUUGUCACCUGUGCCUGCCUCAAAGAUGUGACUACCAGGCAAGAUAGACACCCACAAGGCCACCUCAGAAUUCUUCAUUGAACACCAUAUCUCUUGAGGGAUAUGGAGCUAAGAGAUGGGACACAAUGCUCAAUUUCACAAACUCCCUAAACCUUUGAUAUUUGAUCAGUGUGUGACUAUUAUAUACUUUGGUGAGAGGGUGAGAAUCCAUUAUAGGGAACAAAGAAUCUGUAAGGUGCCCACCGUAGAUAAAUGGUCGGCACUAAAAACACCUAUAUUUCAUUUGCUAGCACUUUGGGACCCAGAAGAAUUCCACUAGGUUGCAUAUCUAGAACGGGAAAUGUCGGUAGGAAAUUAACAUUUAUGGGGUGUCUAUUAUGAGCUGGGGGCUUUACUACCCAAUUAAUUCUUAUAAUAACCACAUGGAGAAGCUUUAAUGUUUUUAUUUUACAACCUCUGUGGGGCACAGUGAGGGUGUUACCUACCCAAGGGUGCAAUUGGUUUGUUACAGAACCAGGAUGCAUCAAAGGCCGUCUCUUCUCGGUCUGCUAUUCCACACGCCUUCAGUUUCUCCAAAUCCUCAUGAGUCUGGUGAAAAUAGUCUGCACAAAGGAAGGAAAACAUCCAUGCUAUCAAGAAUUGAAGUCCAGAAGUAACUGAGGUUACUUUACGAUAUCUUCCAAAAGCAAUACACCUAAUUAUUUGGCCAAAACAUGAAUGGUCCGAGGCCCUGUAAGAAACUUACCUGUUUUAAAUAUUGCUCCCAGAUUGUGUUUGGCUUUAGUUUUUAAUGUCUGAACAGGGCUGAUCUCAGUACUUUAAAAAUGAUACCUUUAACAUGAAACCUGUAAGACGAAGAAAUCCUACAAAGUUUUACUCAGCAAUAUAUCAAGUGCAUUCGCAGCAAGGGUACUUUUUCAGGAUCAGGAUUUUCUUAUGAAUUUCUCUCACUUUCUUCAUUCCUUUUAAAUUUCUAUUUCACAAAUAUUUUUUUCAGGAAAUUACGUUCUUCACUGAGAAAAACGUGUUACUCUUUUGGGCAAUUAUCUGAUUUCUGCCAUAUGAAAUUAUUUUUUAUAGUCCCUGAAAAAAAGCAUUGGUGGCUAAUUAAAGGAGAGGGAAAAAAACAGGUUACAACCAAGGAUGGAAACUCUAGAAGAAAGGAAAUGAGGUUGGCACCUAUAGGUUGGAUGACAGACCCCACAGGGAUUGCCGCCAGGGCUGGGUCAUUUCUCUCUGGCUUUCUCCUUCCUGCGAAGGGACAGUAUGGAGUAGUGUUUUGCAACUGAGUAAACACACCUAUCCAGCCCUGACUGAGCUAGGUCUGCAACGAGCAAAGAAGCAGCCUCGGGUUUUCCCAGGGGAAGGCCUGCAUCUCUGGAGGUCCCCUCACUGCUCCAAAUGCAGUGGCUGCUGCUUCGGACCCACCCUCAGCCACAGUGGAAGAGGUGAUGUCACCUUUGGGUCUCUGGAGGACGGAGUGGCCCAGAGGCUGUGCUUCACUCAGGCCAUAGAAAGCUUUCACGGUGAGGGGGUUGGGGGGUGGCCUGAGGCGCCUGAAGACUGUUUUUUGUACAUUCUCUCUGCGUGCAUUUUCCAAAUACAAUGUUUAAUAAACUUGAUUUAUUUUCUCUGUGAAUUUAUUUUCUACAUUAUUCAAAGAUACAUUUAAUAAGUCAUUUAAAAACUGUUAUAUUAUUUUUGCAUUUUUGACUUAUCAUUAAUUAUAUUUCUAGAUCCAUAUAAGAGACUAAAAGUGGUCCAUAGUGAUUAGUACUGUACUUUCUCUUUCUUAUACAAAAUUACAGUCCACAUACCCGACUAUAUGUUUCUAUAUUAUUCCCAAUGUAUGA